AUGGGCGUCUCAAGCGACCUUGCGCAACUGCAAAAGCCUUUGCGUUACCUGCAGGCGCAGUCUCAAAAAAAGCACGAUGAAGUUGCGAGGCUGAAGCGUGAACUUGCUGAAGCUGAAGAAGAAGCGAAAGGCCUCAAGGCCGACUAUCUAAAAACCAUCAUUUACUAUGCUCGGACCGACUGUCUUCAGCUGGCAAACAUGAUGUAUGCGAGGCUUCCUGUCGAAGUACGUGAGAUUGUGUACGAAUAUCUCUGUGUAGACGCCGACCGUCCGAUUCCAGUUGGACCCUACUAUCAUUUCCGUCCAUACAACAAACCCUACGUCUAUCCCGCCGAAGUCGAGAUGGAAUGUAACUCGGAACCCGACAUGCUUGAAAAACUUUCCGUCACGAGGUCAGCAUCCGGUGAACCCGGCAACAGCGCACCAAUAGCACGUAAGUCGUCGGUCAACUGGGGUGAUGAACUGCAAGUAGACCCAGAGCUUGUUAAGCGCGUCUCCCGCUUGGAUAUCGACGAGGACCAAGAAGAGGCGGGAUUAGGUAGCCACUACACCAUUCUCCAAGAUGGCCGAGUCAAAGAGAUGCACACACACAAGCCUCCUAGCGACAUGGUGCUUCCUAGCAGUCAUUUUCUGGACUACAGAUACGUUGGCCGGUUGGUGUCGCAUGAGACGCAAAAGAUGUAUUACUCGCGCAAUACUUUCUCCGUCUGCAACGUUGAGAAUGGUCUUACCAAUUUUCUAGGCCGGCACACUUGCGCCCAUAAGAGGCAGAAGUGGGAUGAAGAGAUUCCUUGGGAUUACUCUCCGAUGCUUGGGAAUAUGACACCAUUCUUUGCAACAGAGCACAUACGUCGUCUGCAGAUCCGGGUCAAGUUUGAGCAUUUCCUCAAGGAUGUUCCAGCGAGGGCAUGUUUACUUGAUGAAUACGCGUACGAGCAGCGCUUCCUGCGCAUGACCUGGCUUCAUCUAGAGCAGCUCACGCACUACCUGGACCUUCGCCCCACGGGCAAGAUAGAGAUUGAAUUCGUCAUCAUGAGCGAACUGCCAGGUGCGGAUGGCAUCGCGGCGCAGAAUGACCGGCAUGAUGUAGUGGUAGAAUGCAACCGUUGGUAUAUCAACUUUUUGCAGUGCAUCCGGAAUAUGGUGUACAGAGCCAUGUACGACCAAAAAGACACUGUGGUCAAAGUCACGCAUUACGAUGCAAGGAAAUGGGUGUUUCCGAGGGACAUUACCGGUGUGUUUGGGCUGACGAAAGAACAGUGGGAGUAUAAAAAAAGCAAGCAGGACGACUACCUCGACUGGGCAGGGGACUUUUUUGUGAUGCGGAAUGUGUUUGGCCAAGCUGGAGUGUCGGAAGACGAGAUGGAAGAGAUGCUCUUGGAGCGAUGGGGCAUGACGUCUUUCUUCCAGAAGGUUGCCACGGAGCCGGUCCGGGAAGGCAGCUUUUGGCCUGUGGUAAACAAGACGUGA